AUGCAGCAAAGCGAACAAGAGCGACUCCUACUGUUCUCCCCACCUGGCGUUAGUGUACCGCCUGAAUUCGCAGCACCUGGCGUUAGUGUACCGCCUGAACCGCCGGAGUUUGCUCCAUUUGGCGUCAGCGUACCACUCGAAGUGGCAUUGCCUGAGUUUGCUCCACCUGAAGUGGUGCAAGAAAGUUGUCAUGCGUCUCGCAUAGAGGAAGCUUUGAAUAUUUGA